AUGGGCCUAGCAACCGCCCCGUCCUUCUUCCAACAAAGAAUGGAAAACAUACUCAGGUCGUACUUGUGGAAGACAGUCAAUGUUUAUGUGGAUGGCAUAAUAGCUUUCUCGAGGACACAAAGCGAGCAUCUAAAGCAUCUGGACGAGGUACUCACCCUCCUCGAAGCUUCAGGACUGACACUCCAGAUCUCCAAAUGUCAUUUCGCGUAUGGAUCGAUCAAGGCCUUGGGACAUCACAUUUCCAGACUGGGCUUAGCGACAGACGAAGACAAGAUCCGGGCCAUCAAGGAGCUGGACUAUCCAAAAUUCCUAGCUGAACUGGAAAUGGGCCUCGGACUGUUCAACUACUACCGGAAAUAUUGUCUAGGGUACUCCUUCAACGCCGCUGAUACUUCCUCCAACGUCUCCAACAACGAAUCCGACUGA